GAAUGAAUUCACUCAUUCACUUUGUCACAUUUUUGGCUGGACUUUAUUUACUGUGUCUUGUCCAGAUGAUCUACGAAUUAAUAAGCCUUUGGUGCAGUUAACAAAAAAAAAAAAGAAAAAAAAAUCAACAAAGUUUCUCCAUUUGUUCAAGGCUUGCUAGAAUGAAUUUUGAGCUCCACUCACAUUUUUUUCGGAAACAAUCAAAAUUUUGUUGCUAAAUGGGAAAAUUUGAAACACAAAUCGAGACCAGACAAAAAAACAGCAACAACAACUGAAGCUCCCGUCAAAUAAAAAACAAGGAAUAAUUAUAAUGAAUGGAGACAAAAGAUGCACUUGCUCGGUUCGCAGCAUUUUGGCGGACAGCGAAGAGGAGAAUAACAUCGAAGGAAACGGCGACGGCAAUCAACAUGAACAACGACAACAGGAAGAGGAUGAUGCAUACCAGAAAUGCUACAAGGAGCGACGCUACACGUGGCUGGAGCAAGGACGUGUGCUCAGUCGCCGGCUCACCGACUACGAAUGUCAACUCGAGGACGAUGUCCAGCGUCUGCAGGAUGCGCUCUUCAGCAUCUCCUCGCACUAUGCCAAGAUACAGUUUCGCUUGAGGCAAAUCGCCUGCGCCUCGGGUGAUGAGCGUAUGUGUUUGCUGCGCGAGUUGCAAAGGAUAACGUGUCAAGGACUCGAUGCGAGCAAGGAUAACGAUGAGCUGCCCACGCUGAUGAGUGAUGUGAGCAGCUUGGGAAAUGUGCGAGUGCGUCAACGACAAAUCAUCAAGGUGCUGCGCAGUCGCCUCACAGAUCUCACGGAGUUCACUGAUUCGCGCUUUGCCAUCGAGUCCGAGAGCAGCUACAAUCUGCGCAAGUAUGAACCGUACUCUGAGGAAGACUCGGAUGAGGAGACUUCAUCAACGGACGAAGAUGAAGACUACUCGGAGGAUGAAGAGUUGCAUGGCAAAUACUGCGGUUGCAUUGUGUGUCGGGAGCAACGUGCAACCUGCGGUCGCCCAUGUUGCGCACAACGAGGAUAUCUAGCUGAGACUUGGCCCGAUGAGGAGACGAGCAGCAGCGAAGAAGAAGAAUGGAACUGCGAUUGCGUCAAGUUGAAGCCAAAUGGCAAAAAGCGCAAGACAAAGAAGAGCAAAAAAUCAAAGACGAAGAAGAAACAACGCAAAAGUCCCAGUCAAUAUUAUAGUUUAAAGAGUUUCCCGGAGAACUCGACUACAGCAAAAUACCGUAGUCAAAUACCCCAGCGGAAUGGUUACUCGAAUUCAACUAAAAGUGUUAAGCAAAAGGGUUUGAUCAUGGGUUCGAUGCUGGUCAGCAAAUCGCCACGUUUCUCUUUAAAACCGGGAAGUUCCUUGCAUGCAGGCUUAGCAAUGUCCCUUGAGCAAAUGGGCAGCCGAUUGACAAUGGAAAGCGGUCGGAAAUCGCAUCCACAGAUGCUUAGCGAGAGCACCAGGCAAUCUUUAGUAGGACAACUCGUCAACAAGUUCGGACGUCGCAGCAGUCGAAAACCAGAAGACACAGGAAAACGCGGCAGCUAUGGCGAGGAAUUAACCAAAAUCAUGGAAGUGGAUCAGCCGUUGCCGCAGCAACGUAUGCCCGAUCCCUAUCAACAAAAGCGCCGGAAAAGUUUAUUUAUGUUACACAAGCAACAAAAAGAAGAAUUGCCACGCAAAUCGGAGAGUCGACCAAGUCGCAGAUCUCCCACAAUUGAAGAGUUUAAGGCUUUGUAUGAUAAACAUCGCGCAAAUGGAUCGCCAGGCCGGAAUCAAGAGGAAUCCACGAGAGCGAAAAGAAUGAGCAGCGCAAGUUCUGGCAAACAAACGCCACGUAAAUCGAUCGUAAAUGUGGAAAGAAGAGAAGAGCAACAAGAGGAAAGAAGAGCGAGUAGAUUCAGUGGUAGAAGUCAAGAUUCAAAUCAAGUGAUGGUACAACCCAUUGAAACAGAAAAGUCAGCGGAGAUCAAGGAGAAAAAGUGGCGAGAUCAUGACAAAGAGGAAGAUCACUUUGAUGAUGACUGUGCAGAGAUUCAACAUUUUCUACGCUGCUCCAGAAAGCAGCCACCUUUCGAGUCAGACACUUCCUCGGAGAAAGCAAAGAAAAUUCAAGUAUAUCGCCCCAUCAAGAGAAAGCAUCUCAAAUGCAGCCCGGACUGUAUGGGAAGUUGUGCCAAGCGCGGGGAAUGCGUCAAAGUUCUCGAAUGCGAAAGGAAACCCUUAAAUACUUUCGGAAAAGUCAAGGAAAACCUUAGGGAAUGGGGUGCUUUGGGUUAUUGCAAGCUACAGCAACCUCAGCGAAUAGUUAAAGAGCCAAAAGCGUCGAAACUGCAAUGCAAAGACUUGAAGAAACAGAAAGUUAAAAUUGAAUGUGAAUUCGCAGGAAAUAAAGAAGCAAGUUCAGCUAGUUCUCUCUUUGGAUACCAUAAAGAUGGGACUAAAAGACGUCUGGAAUGCGAAACUCCAGCUCAAUCACCUUGUUCCAAACUUUCGUUGAUAGAAAACCCCAAAGACAUAAAAGAAGACAACAAGAAUUACUCCUUAAAUCCACUGGGAAUUCAAUAUUCUCAAUAUACUUAUAAGAAAGAAUUCAAAGCACUUAAAAAACUUCCCCCCAAAACAUCUCCGAAACCGCGAAGGAGUUCCUCUGAGCAAACUCUUAGAACUUGCCCUCAACAACCUCCCAGAAGCUCCUCUCAGCAACCUCCCAGAAGCUCCUCUCAGCAACCUCCCAGAAGCUCUUCUCAGCAAUCUCCCAGAAGCUCCUCUCAGCAACCUCCCAGAAGCUCCUCUCAACAUCCUCAAGGAAGUACAUCAAGGCGAGCUUCACCAACCCCAAAAAGUGCAAAUUGCUACAUUUUUCAACCUUGUAAAAAUCUAUCAACACCACCUAAAGCAACUGCUUCUCGUAAAUCCAGUUCCAAUUGCUUGAAGAAAACCUAUCCAGUCACUUCUUUCAAAGCUCAAAAAAACAACUGUUCCAAGCAGAAACCAAACUGCAAGUGCUCUGGAACUUCAGCUUGUUAUUGCUUUAAAUCGCAAACGGAUCUUUUUAGAUUAAUGGGUCCCACUUCUCAUCAUUCAAUGACCGAACCAUCUCUCGUUUAUCCUCAUGCCAUUGGCAAACCCAGAAAAUUAACGAAAUGCGAAAAAGGUCGGCAUUGUUCAAAGAAUUCAAACCAGCCAAAAACUUUCAUCAUUGAGUCCCCUCCAACAACGAGUUUUAAUCAGUCGGAGAACGACACUCAGUCAAAGUAUUCUACUGCAAAUUGAAGAAGUCGUCAAUUCGUAAUCCCAACUUAAUCUAGUACACUUUAUAAAAAGAAACAGCGACAUCGCCAGUUAUUUUAUAGAGUGUCUUAGUUAACUUGCGAUUCGAAAUU